AUGAAAGAGACCACAAUUAUUAGCGUUUUAACUCUACUGACUUUGUUCCUCCUUGAGGUGAUCUCAGCCAAUGAGCUAUCUCUUCCCUUUCAUCUCCCAAUUAAUGGAACCUUUGGCCUUGAAGGUAUUAAUAAUGCAUCAAAUCAAUGUACUGGCCCGUCCCCACAUGGAAGAUGUGGAAUGCAAGCUGGUGGUGGCGUAAAAUGUCCUACUGGACAGUGUUGUAGUAUAUUGGGUUGGUGUGGAACCGAAUCAGACUAUUGUAAUCCUGAAUAUUGUCAGAGUCAAUGUUCAGGCCCCUUCCCAAAAGGACGAUGCGGAUGGCAAGCUGAUGGCGGAUUAUGUUCUAAUGGACUAUGUUGUAGUGUUGGUGGUUGGUGUGGAACCACAUGGGAUUAUUGUGCUUCCGGAAUUUGUCAAAGUCAAUGCCCAUCCACACCACCUCCACCCUCACCUCCACCUCCACCUCCGUCUCCACCUCCACCCUCACCUCCACCUCCACCUCCACCCUCACCUCCACCUCCACCGUCACCUCCACCUCCACCUCCACCUCCAUCCCCACCCCCACCUUCACCUCCACCUCCGUCCCCACCCCCACCUCCACAAUACCGAUGUGGAAUGCAAAAGGGUGGCAGGAAAUGUAAUAUAACCGGAGAUUGUUGUAGUAUAUGGGGUUGGUGUGGACCCACAUACGAGUAUUGUUCUCCUGGAUAUUGUCAGAUGCAAUGUCCAGGUCCAUACCCAGAGGGACGAUGUGGAUGGCAAGCUGAUGGUAAAUCAUGUCCUACUGGUACUGGACAGUGUUGUAGUAACGCUGGUUGGUGUGGGACCACAUCAGAUUAUUGUGCUUCUGAACACUGUCAAAGCCAAUGCAACACUACUCUAACCUCACCCAUCAAGAACCGUAUGAGAGGUAUUGAAAGUUUCAUGCUCAACAUUGUCUAG